GAAAAUGAUUCCUCCUAUGAAGAAGGCCUCUCGACUUAUACCCAGUCGCUCACCUCGAGCGUUCUGAAGAACGAGUUCAAGCAUGGCCGUCGCUACCACAGCUACCAGAGCGGAGCCUAUAUGUUUCCCAACGAUGAGCGGGAACAGGACCGUCUAGACAUGACGCACUAUAUCUACUUUAUGACCUUCAACGAUCGUCUCUUCCUCGCCCCAAUCGACCUCCGUGACAAGCGAGUGCUUGAUAUUGGCACUGGCACCGGUAUCUGGGCCGUGCAACUGGGCGACGAUCAUCCCGAAGCCGAGCAGAUUAUCGGAAACGACCUGAGUGCAAUCCAGCCCAGUUGGACCCCGCCUAAUGUCAAGUUUAUCAUCGAUGAUGUCGAACUGGACUGGGUGGAAGAACAGCCAUACGAUUUCAUCCACUGUCGGUAUAUGAGUGGUUCUAUCAAAGACUGGACUCGGCUGGUGCAGCAGUGCUACAACCACCUUAAACCCGGCGGUUGGAUCGAGUUCCACGAUGGCGACUACCACUACUACUCGGAAGAUGGCACCUUCACAGAAGAGAAUUAUCUGCACAUCAUGAUGAGCCACCUUAUCGACAUCUGCACCAAGAUCGGACGGCCGCUGGACUUUACUCCGAAGAUCAAGGGGGUCGUGGAGAAGCAGGGCUUCACCAACGUGUCAGAACAGAUCUUCCCGGUUCCCGCGGGUGGCUGGCCGAAGGACAAGCGGAUGAAGGACAUCGGCAGGCUUUGUGCCGUGAAUGUUAUCGAGGGCGUCGAUGCCUUCACUGCCGCCCCGUUUUCCGAGGUUCUGGGCUGGAGCAGAGACGAGAUCGAGGUCCUGAAUGCCGGCGUUCGGCAAGACUGCAAGAGAAGAGAUCUUCACGCCAUGUGGAACAUGUAA